UUCUUCGAUGAUCUAUCGCUACUGUUCGAAGUAAAAAUGAGCGCCCUACGGCUGUUCUACCUGAUCCUUGCUGUUUCGGCAUCAAUUCAUGCUAUCACAUACGAUGUCACCGUACCAACAGAGUGGUGGCAAACAAACGUCAUAUAUGAAAUCUGGGUCGAAUCCUUCAAAGACAGUGACGGCAAUGGAAAGGGCGAUUUGAAUGGUAUCAAGAGCAAAUUGGAUCACUUCGUCGACAUGGGCGUGACGUGCAUUUGGCUGCCGCCGAUAUACGAGACUCCCAUGGUUGACAGUGGCUACGACAUUUCCAAUUUCACUGCCGUGAACUCACUUUAUGGGACACUUGACGAUUUCGAUGCACUGAUAACUGCGGCCCAUGAAUUGGGACUCAAAGUAAUCAUCGACUUUGUUCCCAACCACACGAGUGACGAGCACGAAUGGUUCGUCAAAGCGAAGCAGGGCAUCGAACCAUACUACAGUUACUACGUCUGGAACAAAGGAGUUUAUUACGGCGACUAUCUUAGCUAUCCAAAUAAUUGGUUGGACGCCUUCAACGACGGCACCGUUUGGGAAUGGGUCGACGAACGCGAAGCUUAUUAUCUUCAUCAGUUCAGCGUGCACGAAGUCGACCUCAACUGGAGGAACCCUUUCGUGAUGACGGAAAUGAAGAACGUUCUUACGUUCUGGCUUGAUCGUAACGUAGAUGGCUUCCGUAUCGACGCUGUGCCGUACUAUGUAGAGUCUUCUACUUUGGAGAACGAAACUAGGUCCGACAAAGAUGUCGAUUCAACCAAUUAUUUCUACCUGAACCACACCCAAACAAAGGAUCAACCAGAAAAUUAUCCUAUCGUGAAAGAGUGGAAGGAACACAUAAACAAUUAUACAGCCUCAAAGGGUAACGACAAGGUUCGGUUCAUCUGCACGGAAGGAUACUCUGACAUUGAUUACGUUAUGAAAUGGUAUGACUACGGUGAUGACUUUCCAUUCAACUUGAACUUCAUUAGAGACGGAGAUAUCGCUAAUGAAGCUGUUCUAGAUACAGCGGAGGACAUCUACAACAUAUUCGUCAAAUGGCUGGACAAUAUGCCGUCGGGUAAAACAUCUAAUUGGGUGUUAGGGGAUCACGACUUCUCUCGAAUCGCCACACGAAUCGGACUGUACCGAACGGAUGGGCUUCACAUGUCCGUACUUUUGAUGCCUGGUGUUUUUACUAUGUUCAAUGGCGAUGAGCUCGGUAUGACGGACACAUAUCUUACGUGGGAAGAAACUAUUGAUCAUUCUGCUUGCAGUACAACCAAUACAACUUACUCUCUGAUCUCGCGAGAUCCUUGGCGCACUCCUUUCCAAUGGGAUAACACCACUUCUGCCGGUUUCUCCACAAACUCUACUCCUUUCCUCAAGGUCAAUCCGAACUACUUGACGGUAAACCUUGCCACUGAAAAAGAGGCGGAUUUCAGCCAUUAUAAGAAUAUUCAACAAACUAUCGCUCUGCGCAACACCACCGUAUGGCGGGAGGGAACGGUCGACGUCGAACUUAUUGAGGAUCAGGUGGUAGGUAUCGCUAGGCAACUUGACGGUGAGGAGCCGAUAGUUGUGUUGAUAAACUGGGAGAAUUCCACCGUCACGGUGGACUUGGAUAAUUACUUUGACGGUCUGCCCGACGAGUUGUCACUCAAAAUCGCUGAUAUCUAUUCCGGAUUGAGCGCGAAAAUUGGAGAUACGUACAGCAAGUCAAGUAUAGAACUUCCCGAAUAUGGCUCAAUGGUCUUGCUCGGGACAACUAGUGCUUGAGAUUCAUCAACCAGCGAAAUUCCCAUCGGAGUAAUAACUACGAGAAGUAUUCCAAAUUUAUUCCAAGUUUCAAUUCAGUUGCCGCCAAAUAAAGACACAUGUAUGAACCAUUA